AUGUCUGGUUCUGGCACAAAUGGAGAUUCCGGCCUGCAAAGGUCGAUAUCGGAUCUAUUCCCGGAGGAUGAAGAUGACGACAUGUCGUUUGAGCCUGCAAGUGAGCAAAGCAUCGAUGGUCAAGAGGACGACACCGAGACAGAUGAGUUUGCUGAUGCUCGCGAGCUGUUACGGAAUGGAGAUCUAGAAAUCGUAUUUGGAGAUGAUGAGGACGACGAUGAGGAUGGAGGCGAAGACCAGGAACAAGACGGAGACACAGAGACAGAAGCUCAGCCCGAAGCUGCAGCGACUGCAACUGGUACUGCAGAAGGGAGACGGUUGAUGCUGGACCUGCGAGCUCUAAUACAGGGUAGAGAUGGUCUUCAACGGAUUCUGGCUGGUGGGAACUAUAGGAUAGUUACCUAUGGCGACGACAAUGAGGACGAGGAUGAGGACGAUGGAGAGUACUAUCCACACCGCUACCAUCGCCGCCGUCGUGCGAAACGCAACCUCGAUCCCAACCGCUUCCCCAAGAUUCCCAACGAGACCGGCCGCAAGUUGAUGCAAUCAGGCUACUUUGGAGGUGUAGAUACCUGCACGGAGAGGAUAUGUCAACGCAAGAGAUCGGUUUCCGAACGACUGCUCUGGAGACGUUUGGGCAUCGAACCUCGUUCAACAGCUAGGCGCCACAACCAGUUAAUAGCACAAGAACUGAUUCCCAACACUACAUAUGCUGACAAGAUCAUUCACUAUGAUAGCCGUGCCUACUCAGGUCAAUUCAGUGAUGAUGGAAACUUCUUUUUCAGUUGUACUCAGAACUUCAAAGUUCAAAUGUACGACACUUCCAAUCCAUACAACUGGAAGUACUACAAGACUGUUGAUUUCCCCUUCGGUCAAUGGACCAUCACAGACGCCACCUUAUCUCCCGACAAUCGCUUCCUCGCUUACAGCAGUAUCAGGCAUACUGUAUGUCUUGCACCUACUGAUCCAAACGACCGCAACGAGCACACUCUUCUCGACUUCACCAAUUAUGGACCUGGAGCAAUUAUGGGUGACCAGAGACAUGCUGCUUACAUGGGCCGUCAAGGGUUUGGCAUCUGGUCACUUCGAUUCAGUGGUGAUGGACGAGAGAUCGUAGCUGGCACAAGUGAUCACAGUGUGCUCGUACACGACCUCGAAACACGUCGCACGAUCUUGAAGCUCAGGAAGCACGGUGACGAUGUGAAUGCAGUCUGUUUCGGUGACAAGUCCAGUCCGCAUAUUCUCUUCUCUGGCUCUGACGAUCAGACCAUUCGUGUCUGGGAUCGAAGAAGUAUGGCAGAUGGCCGUGAGGCUGGUGUCUUUGUCGGUCAUACUGAAGGUCUCACCUACGUCGAUAGCAAGGGUGAUGGACGUUAUGUGCUGAGUAAUGGUAAAGAUCAGAUGAUGAAGAUGUGGGAUUUGCGGAAGAUGACUCAACCUAACGACUUCGAUCAGCUGAAUCUGGCUAGGUACACGACCAGCUUCGACUAUCGCUUCGCCGAGUUCUCCCACAGCGAUUGGGAGCCAAACCCAGCGGACAACUCGAUCGUAACUUUCCGUGGUCAUAGUGUCCUCAAGACACUGAUUCGAUGCCAUUUCAGUCCGCCGACGAGCACAAACUCAAGAUACGUCUACAGUGGUAGUGAGGAUGGCAAGGUGUAUAUCUGGGAUCUCGAUGGCACACAAAGAGCCACGAUCGAUGUUGGCACUGCCACGAAAGACACUAGACCGAAGAUGAAUGGGGGGCACGACAACUUUGACUGGGAUAUGGGUUACGCUUCCCAUGUUUGGAAGACGUGUGUACGUGACGCAAGUUGGAGUCCUACUGCGCCAGUCAUUGCAGCAACAUCCUGGAACGGCUGGGGCAUGUCAACCGGCACAGUCAGCGUCCACUCCUGGAACGACUCACAAUUCACACGUACCUCUCCACCCAGCAAGAGAACGGCUUCACCGCCCAAGCACGGCCCUCUAGGCGAAGUUCCUGGCUACUGGGAUGACCACGAAGACGACGGAGACCCAGAAAUGGGUCAGUCCUUCAACGCUCGGCUCGAGCCAAGACACGGCUUCCGCUCCUCCAAAGACGCGGCCAAUCAGACGAGAGGUUGGGGUAGAGCUGCUGGGAGAGGUCUGAGGAGUAACCCUGUUAGGGCGCAGCGGUAUGGUAACGCAGACGAGGAGAAUGGUUGGUGA